AAUUCAUUUUUGAAAACUAAAUGUUGUUUUGGAUUUUAACAAUUUGUAAAGAAUCUUGUGAUGUCUCGACAAAAUGAAAAAGUUUGUAGAAUCUGUCGAGAUGUAAAUUUAACAAAUGGAAUAUCGUUUGAUACAGAAAGUGAUUUGUUGCGCUUGUACGAGUUUUGUUUUCUAAUAACUAUAACAUCAGAUGACUCGCCGAGAUAUAUGUGUAUUGGAUGUACAAGAAAAUUAAAAGAGUUUAGCGAGUUUAAAAAUCAAGCUUUAUUAUCUGAUAAAUUAUGGAAAUCAAAUAAUAUAACAGCAUCAAACAAUGAGAUUAAGCAUGAAACAUUUAUUGAAGAGAUAAAUUUUAGUCACCUUUCAAACUUCAGUAAUAGUGAUGAUGUAGGUAAAGAAAAACAUAGUUCACAUAUUAAGGGGAUCAGUGAAAUAUAUGAUUGUAAUAUGUCAAAUGAUCUUGAGUACCAAAAAGAAGAUGUAGACUAUUUUGAUGAUCAAACUUCUUUAAUUAAUAUGAAAGUCAAAGAAGAAUUGAAUGUAGAAGUAUCUAUGAGAGCGUCAAAGAAACAUUGCCAGAACAGAAAGAAGAAAAAAUCUGAUGAAGGUAAACCUUUACCAGAAGCACCAAAUUUAAUAUGUGGUUUAUGCGAUGUAGAUUCAAUUGAUAGUAUAGAAAUGAAACAACAUUUGGUAGAUCACAAUACAAAUGAUAGUUUAAAUUGCAAACUAUGUGAGUUUGUUGGUAGAGACUUUGCUGAUAUGGUGACGCACAGAUAUGACCAUCACCCAAAGGAAUAUCGGAUUAAUCUCAGUUGCCAUAUUUGCAAUAAAAAGUAUUUAGCUAAGUUGGCAUUACAAUUUCACUAUAGAGCUGUUCAUUUGAAAAAGAAGGGCGGCAUCUGUACACAGUGUGGGAAACAAUUUAGUACAUAUGUCAGGUGGAGGGACCAUGAGAAAUUACAUAGAACGGAAAACUACAAAUGCGAAUUAUGUGACAGAAAGUUCUUAUUUCGACAUGCUCUCAAAACGCACAUGAUCAAUCAUUCAGAGGUAAAAGGUUACGUCUGUGACAUCUGCGGAAAAGGAUUCAAGCGUAAUUCCAAUCUUAAGCUGCAUCUUCAAACCGCGCACGACUCCAACAAAGUUAUAUGCAAUCAUUGCGACGGCACAUUCAAGAAUCAGAAAAGUCUAAAGGCACAUUUGCAAAGAGUGACAAAGGAUAAGUCGUUCCAAUGCAACGUGUGCUCAAAAUAUUUCGAUACACCAAACAUGUUGAAGAGACACAUGGUCUGGCAUGGUGACGAAAGGCCUUACAUAUGCAGUGUUUGCGGUCUAUCUUAUAAAUCAACCAGUCAACUCAAUCUACACAUGCGCAAACAUACAGGAAUUUUACCCUUUAAGUGUAAUCAGUGCACCAAGUGUUACCCCACUUCGAACCAACUUCGGGAGCAUAUGAGCAAUCAUUCUGGUGAAAGAAGAUACAAGUGUCCGUUCUGUUCCAAAAGUUUCCACCAUAAGAAACUAAUGGUAAAGCAUUGUUCUAAAAGUCACGAUGAUAAGGCUAUGGAGACGCAAAAGCAAGAGUCUAUUGGAGGAAGAGAUGUUUUGUAGACGACUACCCUUGCUAAUUACAAUUGUGAUUGUGCGUCGUACCACCGUUUAUUUCGUCCUAGGUUUUCGCAUGCAAACUUUUUGUCUUCGAUCUUCUACAUUAUUUAUUUUGAGUUAUCCACUUUUGGUAAUUUGAAAUUUUGAGUAAUCCAAUAUGCUAUUUAUGAAUAUCAGUUCGUGAAAAUGUGUCGAGUUAGAAACAUACAUACAGAAAUAAUAUACAGAACUGUUUCCGUUAUGCUUACGAGUUUUAACUCAAGAAAAAUGUAUACUAUAUCAAAUCAAAUAUAAUAAAGUUAAAUUAUUCACCAAACCCGAAGAAAAGGGGUGUAUAACUGUUCAACUAUGUUAAUAUUAUUUAGGUUAACCAUACGAACUGUUUUUAUAUUUCUUUUUUGUUUGUUACAGUUUUUUUUUUGCUUAACGUUUAUUAAAUCAAGUUCUCAAGCU